CUAAGAUUUUGUUACCAAUGGAAAUUGAUAGGCAAGCACACUAUCAAAAAGAAAAAGUAUAACAUGCAUUGUUUUCAUUCAAAGUUUCAAAACUAGAAUUAAUGAAAUUUGUGUCAAUAGAGUAUAAUAUCACACUCCACCAUACAUUUUGUGAAUUCAAGCAAAAUAAUGAAAUAGAAAUUGAAUUUUUUCCCAUCCAAACUUUUUGUUUAGCCUUUCGAUUUCGAAGCUGCAUCAAUGGCAGACGCAUUCUUCUCCUUCUUCGUCCUCCUUCCUCUCAUCCUCCUCCCAAUCCUCUACUUCAUAGUCCGCCCCCGUCCAGUCAAGAUCCCAAUCGUCAACCGUCACGUCUUCAUCACUGGCGGAUCCAGCGGGAUCGGUCUCGCCCUCGCCCACCGUGCAGCCGCGGACGGCGCUCGCGUCUCCAUCAUGGCGCGAUCCUUGACGAAGCUGGAGGAAGCUAAGAGCUCCAUCAAUCACGCUACGGGAAUCGAGGUGGCGGUGUUUGCGGCGGAUGUGCGGGACUAUGAUGCGGUGAAGAAGGCUGUUGAUGAAGCGGGGCCUAUUGAUGUGUUGUUGUUGAACCAUGGAGUGUUCUCUGCACUGGAGCUGGAGAAAAUGGAGUUGAGUGAGGUGAAGUCUACGUUGGAUAUUAAUUUGAUGGGUUGUUUCAAUAUGAUUAAAGCUGCUCUGCCCGCUAUGAAGAAUAGGAAGAAUGUUUUACCUGCUUCCAUUGCUAUUGUUUCCUCGCAGGCUGGUCAGGUGGGAAUUUAUGGUUAUGUAGCAUACUCGGCCAGUAAAUUUGGUCUUCGUGGUUUAGCAGAAGCAUUACAACAAGAGGUUAUUGGAGAUAAUAUUCAUGUCUCUCUGAUAUUCCCUCCAGACACGGAUACUCCUGGACUUGUAGAAGAAAAUAAGAAAAAACCAGAGCUCACCAAAAUCAUUGCAUCCUCUUCUGGUUUUAUGAAAGCCGACGAAGUUGCUCAGAAAGCUUUUGAUGGCAUAAGACAUGGCAGUUUUUUCAUUUCUUGCAAUAUGGAGGGUAUCGCCUUAUCCCUAGCAACUUCAGGUUUAUCCCCUCAGAGGUCAUUCUUAAUGGCAUUUGUUGAGGUUAUUACUGCUGGAAUACUACGUAUUGCAGCACUGUGUUUCCAGUGGAACUGGUACGGAAGUAUAGAGAAGUGGCACAAACAAAGGAAUUGUUCACCUGAAACCGAAAGCAGCUGAUGUACUCUGAUCUCUAUGCUCUGUUUUAGGAGAGUUUAAUGCAAAACAAAUAAUAGGAUGCGGGUUUCGUCCACUCUGCUCUAAUACGGAAUUAAUUGGCAAAUCUUAAAUGACUUUUGACAACCUUUAGUUAUUCAACCUUGUGGCUUGUGAUUUUCAUCUCCUGGUAUUUGAUAGAAAGUAUGCGGUCUAUCUCGCUGACUAUGUUUUCAUUUCUCACAGUUUUGUAUGUAAAUGAAAUGAUUUGCAAUUUAGAAUCCUAAUUUUUGAACCA